AUGACCGUCGGGCUGGCCUUCCUCCUCCAGAGAGUUGCUGCACUCUUCGACACAGCUCGGCUCGGCCUCCUUGUAUUCUCCUUCAUCAGAGCGGGAUCAGCAGAGGAGUGUGUUAAGUACCUCGCAGUGGUCAGUGUACCGAGGAGUACUCCGCCGUCAGUACGUAGACUGGGCGUCUGGUCGUCCCUCGCCUUCGCAGCUUGGGAAAACCUCACUCGAGUCGACACUCUCCUCACGAACUCCUCCUGGGUUGCCUUUGGUGCGCUGACUAUCCCACCUUUAGUGCAUUUAUUCUGCACUAGUAUUGCUAUCGACCCGGACUCAGAUUUCCGCAGGUGGUCAUUGCCAGUAGCAGCUAUGUGUCACGGCAUAUACGACCUCGCCGCCCUCACCUACGUGUCUCUAUGUCCGGUUAUUCUGUUAUGUAUUAUCCUCCUGAGGGAGGCUAGCCAUGCAGUAGGGCAAGGAGUGAAGGAGAAGUAUCCGAACCGUGUAGAAGAGGAAGAGCUCACGUGUCUGCCGGUGUAA